GGUAGGAAAACACCGAGUUGAAGCAUUGAAUUCGAGUCGUUCGGAAUCGUCGUUGGAAAGUCACUCGAUUCCCGCCAUUACGUGCUUUUUCUACCGUGUAGCGAUUUGAUUACCGGAGAAAGGCACGAUGACGGACACCCAAUAUUCAAACUACCAGCAACAGGGGUACAAUCAGUACAGUCAGCCACCACCUUCCGGUGGUCAGGAUACUUCGUAUCCGCCACCUUCUAGUGGUGGUGGCAGCUAUAAUCAAUAUAGUCAACCACCACCAAGUACUGGAAGCAGCUAUGGCAGUUACAACAGUUACAAUUCCAGCGGUGGGCAAGACUACAAUCAGCCGCAGAGUCAGAACAGUUACAGCCAAAACAGUUAUGGGAGUGGAGGUGGUUCUGGAAAUAAUAGCGGCAGUAGCAAUUAUAGUGGGAGUUAUGGACAUGGAGGUGGAGGAGGAGGUAGCGGUGGUUAUAAUCGUAAUAAUUCUAGUGGAGGUUAUGGUGGAGGCCAAGGAGGAGGCGGUGGCAAUAGAUAUGGCGAUCGCGGGGGAUACAAUGACCGCUCUGGCGGUGGCUACAACAGUGGCGGUGGCCGUGGUGGUUAUAACAAAGGGGGCUACGGUGACCGUGGUGGUGGUGGCAACGAUGGAAUGGUUACGCAAGAAGAUACUAUAUUUGUAUCUGGUAUGGAUCCAGCGAUCUCGGAGGAAGAAAUCUGUCAACACUUUGGAGCUAUUGGUAUAAUCAAACAUGAUAAGCGGACUGGCAAGCCCAAAGUGUGGAUGUACAAAGACAAAAAUACGGGUAAAUCGAAAGGCGAAGCCACCGUAACUUACGAUGAUCAGAAUGCCGCACGUUCAGCGAUAGACUGGUUCGAUGGGAAAGAAUUCAAGGGGCGUACUAUAAAAGUACAAAUAGCCCAGCAUAAAAGUAAUUGGCAAGGUAACCGUACUGGCGGAACCCGCGGUGGUAGUGGCGGCGGCGGAGGCGGUGGUGGCCGAGGUCGAGGAGGUGGUGGCGGUGGCGGCUUUGGCGGUCGUGGGGGUGGUGGCGAUAGGGAAGACCAUCACCGUGGCGGUGGUGAUGAUCGACGCGAUGGAGGUGGUCGUGGAGGAGAUUGGAGGUGUCCCAAUCCUGAGUGCGGUAACACUAAUUUUGCUUGGAGAGAUCAGUGUAAUCUCUGUAAAAGUCUGAAACCAGAAGGUGCCGGUGGCGGUGGUGGUGGCGGCGGCGGUGGCGGUGGUGGCGGAGGCGGAAGAGGCAACCGCGGUGGCGACAGAGGUGGUCGUGGAGGCUUCCGAAGUGAUAGAGGAGGUCGUGGUGGCGACAGGGGCGGAAGAGGUGGAUUCCGUGGCGGAGACAGGGGAGGACGAGGCGGUCGCGGUGGACCAAUGAGAGGAGGUGGCGGACGAGGAGAUAGAGACAGAGAUCGUCAACGUCCGUAUUAAGAAUACCGUGACAGUGAUUAUUCAAAAUCACUUAUCAGACAUACUGUACACAUUUUGUACACAGUUUCGACGUGAUGUACAUUAUUCGCCCUAACACAGAACUCAUGUGUUACAACUCCAUUAUCAUCGAUUUGUUUCUUCGUACAUUUUUUAUAUUCAUGAAGAUCGAUGCGUGGACGCGUACUUUGUGUUUUAUAUAUGCGCAUGUAAAUGAUGAUAUAUAAUCGUACGUGUAAAGUUACGUUUUAAUAAAUAAGACUCUCGCCCCCAUCCUA